AUGCGCUACAGUAGGAGCCUCCGUGCAAGCUGCAGGGUCCAAGAUCUGUUGAAUGAACUUAUACAAGAGAAGAAGGUGAAACUAGAGCAGCACACUGCAACUCCUCAUCAAAACUUGAUCACGUGCCUUUUAAGUAAGCGCGAUGAAGAAAAUAAACGAGUCGUGACCGACAAGGAGAUUCUUCACAACAUCAUGCUAAUCACGGUUGCGGGACAUGAUACCUCAUCCGUUCUUAUAACUUUUAUGCUGCGUCUUCUAACUAAGGAUCCCGCUGUUCAUAAAGCAGUUCUUCAAGAACAAGAAGAGAUAGCAAAAAGCAAGACUUCAGGAGAACCUUUAACUUGGGAAGACCUUGCCAGGAUGAAGUACACAUGGAGAGUAGCGAUGGAAAUUCUAAGGAUGGUUCCGCCUAUUUUUGGUAGCUUCAGGGUAGCCUUAAAGGAUAUUGACUAUUGUGGGUACCUCAUUCCUAAAGGCUGGCAAAUCUUCCGGGCAUCAAACAUGACACACAUGGAUGAGAGCAUUUUCCCGGAGCCAUCGAAGUUUGGUCCUGCUAGAUUUGAAAACCACAAACUGCUGGAGAAUGGUGAUGCUCACGGGUUGAUCAAGACCCGGAGAUUGGAUCCGAGUGCAGAGGCACGUGCAACCGGGCUUGGAAAAGGAGGGGCAAACGGGUGGCUUUGGAUUGGUGUCAGUCGUUCUCUCCAUUUUCAUGGAACAGGGGUGGACGUUGGCGAUCUGGUUGGGGAAAGGAUGGAGCUUGAGGAUGGUCAGGGACGCGUAUUUGAAACGGAAUUGACUUGGGAUUCAAGAACGAGUGUGGAAAUCGGAUUCGGGUUGUGA